AUAAUUUCUACUGAAUCAGUAAUGUAUAACAAAAUAUAUGUUAAAAAUUUAGGACACAGGUCAGCGUCGUCAGUAGUCCCAACAGCUUUCUACGGUGUGCGAUAGAAUAACGUCAUCCGUAUGCUUCUGGAGCCAGUCCCUUCACUUAUCAAACAACAAAAAACGCAAAAUAAAACUAAGAAAAUAUUAAGAAGCCCCAUCCAGUGUUCAUUUUCAGUGGACUAUGGAAGUUCCAGGUCCACAGGAAGAACAAAAAUAUAUUUUGUUAAGCGGGACAAAACCAAAAUUUUAUGGACUGGUUUGGAUUGCAUUACUGGCCAAGAAUGUGAUGGACAGUAAACAGAAACUAAGUAAUGAAAUAAAUGACUGAAAAUUGACUGUGUGGAGCACUGUAGUCGUGAACAUCGAAAAAAUUUCCAUUAUGUAGUGAGUAAACCAAAAGCAGCAAAAGUAUGUUUUGGAUCUGGCUGUCAACGUGAUGUUAUGGGAAAGCCAAUAUCAAGACAUGGAAUACAAUUCACAACUGAAAAAUUUGUUAAUAUAGGCCCAGCAUCUUAUGAAGUAAAAAUUGAUCUUCUAUUACACAAGCCUAUGAGUAUAUAUGGAGUUGGCCCAGGAGCCAGAAAAGCACCUAGGUUCAAUAUAAAGUAUCCAGUGGUCCCAUCACCUCAGAAGUACCAACUGAAAAGCUGCAUUGCACCAUCAACUCCAGCUCAAGCUCCAUUUAACUCUGAUGUACAGCGUAUGAAAAUGCAAGUAAAUCUCAAUCCUGGUCCAGGCACAUAUAAUCCACAAAAUAAAAAAAGUCAAAUGGCUUUUCUUCAUAGUUUUGGAGGAAAGAAGAGAAUCCUUCCUCAUGUGGAUGUAAGAUGUGUGUACACCAAAGAUGAGUGUUCAUUCUGCCACCGACAUCCUUGUGGAGAUUAUUGGCACUUCAAGUACUCAGAAUUCAUGUGUCAACAAUGUAUGCAAAAAGUCAAAAAGGGAAUAGCUCAUCUCAUUCCCUUAGGGAAAGUGGACCAGUUCAGAAGAGUUCGAGAUUGUUCUUUCUUCCACAAACAUCAAGGGUCAGAAGCUGCAGUCAGACUAAUGUCUGCAAAUAAAAUAAAACAGCUUGAAGUAAAAGAAGCCUACCUGAGUCAAUUUUUUAAAUAAAGGACAUUUAAAAUUUAGUUUUUUCCAGUGCUACUGUAUCUUUGGAAUUACAGAGGGUUAGCCAAAUCAUUACUUCAUUUACAAAAAAGUUCAUGUAUUGCUUUUUCAUUUUAAUGUAAAUAUUAUAUAUCCAUUCUCUAUAAAGAGCUAAUAAAAGCUGAAAACCUAAUAAGUUAAUAUUACAUACAGGGUGGAUCAUAAACGAGGAAAAAUUUUCUGUGCAUCGUGUCACACAUUGAGCUAGAAAUAGAAAAUUGUUUUACCCUUGUUCCUCUGUUUAUAAAUGGCAAUGCAACUGAAUUAAAAAAA